CAGAGUGUGCAUGCUACAGACAUGUAGAGAAGUCACGUCGUGAAGACCUGUUAAAUAGCAGACUCUGGGAUCUGAAAUCAUGGUGACUGUGAUAGAGAUUCAAAGAACUUGAGGCUGGAGCCUAUCUCUCCUGCUGACUGUGAAUUGCAGUAUACUCUGAUUGUCUGCUCAUCCUAUUGCAGCACUCUUCAAACCAGCCUCCCCUGAAGGAUCCAGCAGACAUGGUCUGAGAGAGGAACUGAGCACAAACUGGGUUGAAACAAAAAGCUAAGGUUCACAGCUUUUGUGUCUUUACCAGCUUCUGGGUCAGCUGACCACAGCAAGGAAGUUGUCCAAUCCCAUUUUUGAGUUAUUCCAUGCACAGUGAUAUUUCUGUCUGAGGAAGCAAGACGCCUUCACAGAUGAGCUAAGAUCCAUCUCACCUCACUGUAGACAUCGACAGUGUAGACGCAUAUGGAGGGGAUGAAUCACUGCCUAGGCUAGAUUGGUGCGGAGGAUAAAGGGAGCCUAAGAUGGCCAGCUAAGAGAUUUUCUGCUAGAAUCUGCUCUACCCUGCCUGCAGCCUUGGUGAGGCAGGAUGUUGUAGGAAGAAGAACAUCAGUUUCUGGGAGUCACACAUGGAUGCAGAGGAAUGGGAAAGACACUUGAUUGUCUAAGAAUGCGUCCAAGUUCCCAAGUGAAUCUCUGGGAAGAUAAGAGAGAGGUACACUUGUGAACUUGCUGUGAUAUAACGUCCCAGUGCAUCCGAACACUCAUCUAGGCUCCAAACGGCACGAAGGAACAUGACCCAACUUUCUCCUCUUCUCCCUCCUGGCUUGAUUUUAAUGAUGUUAGGCCACCUAAAGUUUGAGGCUUCUCUGAUGCUACAGGCCUGGAAGUCACAGCUGCAACUGAGGCAAGAUGUCUGAAACGACAACCACUGACAAGGAGAGGAAACCUCCUCUAAAUGGGAGAAGAGCUGUCCCAUCAAACUACUCCAAUGAUGAAGAAAAUGAGGUCCCUGAGAUGGAAGCUUUUGGACUCAUACCUAGAGGAUUUAAUCCAAAAGAUUAUCUACGUGUUGUGGACAUUCAUAUGUUCCAGGACCCCUACGAGAUUAACAAGCAGCAGCACCACACUGACAAGUACUACAGCCCCAAGCUGAUAGUGCGUCGGGGACAGCCUUUCCAAAUCCAGAUUGACUUCAACCGACCCUACAAGCCAGAGACGGACCAGUUCUGGCUAGAGUAUUUGAUAGGUCGCUACCCACAGCCAAACAAAGGUACCUACAUCCCGAUCCUAGUAGGCGAUGUGCUGAAACCUGGCGAAUGGGGAGCCAAGAUUACCCACAAGGAGAAUAACUCCAUUCACCUCUCCAUCAUGUCCUCUGCCACCUGCAUCAUUGGGAAAUUCCGCCUCUACGUUGCUGUCUGGACUCCUUUUGGCAUCCUCCGGACACCCAGAAACUCAGCAACCGACACUUACAUCCUAUUCAAUCCCUGGUGCCAGCAGGAUGCUGUGUACCUGGAUGAUGAGAAAGAAAGGGAAGAAUAUGUCCUGAAUGACGUUGGUAUUGUUUUCCAUGGAAACAUCAAUGACAUAAAAUCAAGAAGCUGGAGUUAUGGUCAGUUUGAAGAAAACAUUCUGGAUGCUUGCCUGUUCCUGAUGGACAAAGCAGAACUGGAGCUCUCUGGGCGUGGAAACCCAAUCAAAGUCUGCCGUGUUGCCUCUGCAGUGAUCAACUCUAGGGAUGAUAAUGGCGUGAUUGCUGGCUCCUGGGACAAUACAUACACUUACGGUGUGGCACCAUCAGCCUGGACAGGAAGUGUGGACAUCCUCUUGGAGUAUUACAGCUCUAAGCAACCAGUGCGAUAUGGCCAGUGUUGGGUCUUUGCUGGUGUCUUCAACACAUUCUUCAUGUUUGUCCUUCUCAUCACACUUCUCUCUGCCACAGUUCUGAGGUGCUUGGGAAUACCUGCAAGACUCAUUACCAACUAUUCUUCUGCUCACGAUAACAAUGCCAAUUUACAGUUGGACUUCUUUCUGGAUGAUGAAGGCAAAGUGGACACCACAAUUACAAAAGACUCCGUCUGGAACUAUCAUUGCUGGAAUGAAGCUUGGAUGACCAGACCUGAUCUUCCUGUUGGCUUUGGAGGGUGGCAGGUUGUUGACGGGACACCCCAAGAAACCAGUGAUGGUAUGUACAGAUGUGGCCCAGCCUCAGUUCAAGCCAUUAAACAUGGUCACGUUUGCUUCCAAUUUGAUGCUCCUUUUGUCUAUGCUGAGGUGAAUAGUGAUAUUGUUUACUUAAGGAGGAAGAAAAAUGGAAUCCAAACAAUAGAAAAAAUUGACACAAGCCACAUUGGGCAGUUGAUUGUGACCAAGGAAGUUGGAGGUGAUGGAAUGAUGGAGAUCACUGAGGACUACAAGUUCCAUGAAGGCUCAGAGGAAGAGAGACUGGCUCUUGAGACUGCUGUGAUGUAUGGCGUUAAAAAGCAAACUCCCCAAGAUACCAUGUAUCAGCCACAAACAGAUGUUGAUAUGGACUUCCAAGUGCAAAAGGCAGUCCUUGGCAGUGACUUUAAAGUCUCUAUAACUUUCAGGAACAAAAGUCACAACUAUUAUACUGCUAAAACCUACCUUUCAGGCAACAUAGUAUUUUAUACAGGAGUCACAAAAAAUGAAUUCAAGAAACAUACCUUCGAGGCAAAGCUGAAACCCUCUUCAUUCAGCACUUUUGAUGUUGUGAUCAAAUCGAGCGAGUACCUGAGUGACCUGCUGGACCAAGCCUCCUUUCAUUUCUUUGUGACGGCACGGAUUGAUGAAACUGGGAAGAUUCUGGCCAUGCAGAAGGCAACAGUCCUGGAAAUUCCCACCCUGAGGAUCAAGACCCAAGGUGAGAUGGUAGCUGGUAAAGAAAUGUCUGUGACUGUGGAAUUCACCAAUCCUCUGAAACAAACCCUGGAGAAUGUCACGGUUCGCCUCGAGGGACCUGGCGUGCUGAGAACAGUGAAAAAGAUGUUCAGGCAAAUCCCAACUAACUCUACCUUGAUCUGGGAAGUAAAAUGCAUCCCAAAACGACCGGGCUUACGAAAGCUGAUUGCAAGCCUGAAUUGUGAUACUUUGAGGCACGUGUAUGGUGAGAUGAAUGUCCAGAUUCAGAAACCAUGAACCCAGGCACUGCCUUCAUCUCUCAUUUAACUAUAUUUCAAAAGAUCACAUUGGGAGAGGUGGAGGGGAAAGAGGUAGAGAUCCACUUACUGUUAUUUUGGUCAUCAUUGUGCUGAAUAGAAUUUGAUAAUGAAAACUAAUUUGUAAGACUGGGGAGAGCACAAAAAAGCAUCUGGCUAGGGAAUUAUUUAAAUUAAGGUAUAUGUAAUUAAAAGCAAUCCUAGGCCAUAUUAUUCCUAUAGCUCACUUCUAUGUAUGGGCAUUUCCAUUAGUGCUGCAAGGAAAACUAAAAAGCUCCAUUCACCGAAGUAGUCUGAACUUUAGCUUUAAUUAAUGCCUGAUAUUUCACUGAAAAGGAAAAAAGAAGACUCGGUGUUAUAAACUCUUACACUGAAUUACACAAGCCUAUGGUAGAUCAUUCAGACUGCAAUAAAAGCAGGUAUUUCUAGCUAAAGAACUGCUUUGUCUUACAAUGUUACGGUUUUCCCACUCAUGGAGACCCCCCUUUGCUGGAAGCAUUUCUCAGUAUCUAUUAUUUCCAGAAUAUUUCCAGCUCUUUGUUUCCUCUUGCUGUUUCCAUGUGCUUUUUCUCCUACUCUUUCAUGUGUGCAGGCACCCACGCAUACUCACUCCUUUAUUUCAUGUCCCUAUCCCACCUUGUGUGCUGUUGAUACACUGUUCCUCUCAUUCACAUGUUGAAAAUCCAGUUUUUCAUGUCAGUGCUUGAGAGUUCAUCACACCAAACGCACAUUUCCUGGUCUCAUCUCUUGUGUGUGAUGUGUUCUCUCUUCAAACUUUUCUGCCUUUUCCUCUUUCCCAAAAUCCACCCUAUAGCCUCAUUUCCCACAUGGGUGGGUGUCAGGGGUUUUGCUACCAUCUGGUAAACAGGGUGAAGGAGAGAGGAUUGGAUGGGGCAGCCCGAAGGUCUCCUGCCAGCCUCACAAGCCUAGUAAAUAUCCUGCACUGGGGCUGAGUUUACAUUUAACACCUGGGGAUGAGGUUAGACCAAACCAUGCCUGGGAAUCACGGCUGCUGCAGAAUGAAGGCCUGUUACAUGAACAAACCCAGGAGUAUGCAGGGACAGAAGCUCAGCUGAAAAAGGAGUAGAGACACUAUUCUGAAAAACUCCACAAGCUGAGUCUGCUUCCUGCCUUUCUCACAGCAUAUUCCUCUGUGAGGUGCAGUGAGGCCUCCCAAGGUAUCAGUCCUCCCAGAGGGCCUUCUGGCCCAGAAGCUGUUCUGAAUGGUUUCCGUUAGUCUUCCAUGCAGGGUACCACUCGUUCCUAAGCCAUGUACCCCAUUGUAUCAGGGCAGGAGAGGUGGGGGUGUAUGUUUGUUUUUCAUCCCUUGAAAUCCUGCUUUGGAUUGUCUUCCAUGAGGCAAAGAUGCACAUACCAUAAGCUGCCUCAUCUUCUCUCUGCUGGCCACAGUGUGUAAGAAGAUGCCCCAUACCUGUGACCAGCUGUUAAAAAUAAGCAAAUCCUGGGAGGGGAGAAAUGCAGGCUGCUCUGUAGCUAAAGUACGUGACUCAAAGCAAAGAUUCAUACCACCCCAUAUGCCCAUGAGUAGCCCUGGAUCCAGGAAUACGAAACUUUGGGGAGGCUUUCUCUUCUGGUAUGAGCAAAGACUCGUUUUGUACAGCUUAUGUGACGAUAUUAGAAACUUUGCAGUAUCAAAGUCUCCCAUAUAAGUCCUCUGGGGUACAAGGGACUGAACAGUGUGUUAUAAAUGCAAGGUGACGAUCUCUGCUAAGUAAUUAAGCAGUCUUACCAGAGUUUACAACUUCUGAUAAAAUGAUCCCUUUUUUUCUGCAUAGAAGCCUGCUUUCCAUUCCAGACUUUUUAUAACUACAGUGUAGGAAGAAUUUAAAAUAAAGCACGUCUGAUUACA